UAGUUGGCAACUUGUGUAGCCCACCGUUGUGGAUCUUGCGGAUGAAAUUCAAAUGUCAGUGGUCAAGUAGAGAAAAGAGAAAAUGGCUCAGACAAAUUUUCCUCCUGGCUUUCGCCCACCAACAGCGGACGUACUUAGGAUAUUGACUUGUGAUAGCGAUGAUGAUGAUAAUGAGUACCUUCAGCACGUCAAUAAUAAUGUGCGCGAAAAAGAUGAAGGCCUCCGCAAAGUGCUCGGGCAGGAACAGACGUCUAAGAAUAAAAUUAACAGAAAGGACAAGAAUACUGGGAGCACAGGCAAAGCGACGUUGCCUUUGCGAAGAUCAACCCGCGGAAGGGGACUGACGGUUCAAGAGGAAAGCAACAUUUCAUCCCCGGGCCCUUCUCAACCACCCAGCAGCAAUCAUGUACUAAGAGAUUCAAAUUUGUCAAAUAAGAUGAGUCCUAUCCCUGUCGCUCCCUCUUUCCACACUCAUUACUUCGACCACACCCUAAGAUCUGUUUCCCCUACUCCUUCUCAACGCUCUGCUGUAAGCAGCUCUACAGUCAAUGCAGCCGAACCCUCUGAAUCUUUUAACUCAAGAAAAGAUGAUAUGUCAGGAGGAGAAAGCUUUAAUUUUGAUGAUACAGCUGAAAAAGCACCGAGCACAACUAGUUCAAUUGUUGCUGAUAGUUUUGAUAGCAGUUCUGAAAAGAGAGGCCAUAACUCAAAUGAAAAAUCUCACACACUAGUAAGCUACGGCAGCAGUGAUAAUAUUUAUAGAAGUUCUGAAAAGAGAGGCCAUAACUCAAAUCAAAAACCUAACCGACUAGUAAGCUACCCUAGCAGCAACAGUGACACAGAAUCAGAUAAAGAGAAUACGAGUCCUACGAGAGAAAUAAGUCCCAUGAGAGAAACGAGUCCCAUGAGAGAAACCAGUCCUACGAGAGAAAUAAGUCCAAUGAGAGAAACAAGUCCCAAACCCAACCAAAAAAAGAGACGUCGACCUGAAAAGAAAAUAAGAUUGAGAGGACAUAUAAUCACCUCUGAAAAUGCAUUACCUACUUUAUCCAGUAAUUUAGAUAAGGACCUGAAAGAGGGUACUGUAAAAAGAAUGCAGCUUAACAAAGAGGUGAAGGAAUACAUUAAGGAAAAAACUGGAGACCAACACUUGACACCAGAGGAAUGGAACUUUAUAUGUGAAGCACUAGUUAAAACUUACACUAUAUUAUCUGAUGCCGAUGACCCAAAGGGAUAUAAAACCUUAAAGUACAAACUCCAAAACAGUAUAACAAGUGAAAGGAGCUACCAACUAAAUGGGGUCCCUUCAAGAAAUAAGGUUCCUUCAGCUACAAGUCAACCCUCGACCAGCCGCAGUAACAACAGUGAGUCUAUGUUGUUAGAGCUUCAGAUUCCCAGUAGGGACAUUGAGCGGCUAAAGUUUCUGAUUACUGAAACACUUCAAGAGCGGCAAGGAGUUGGGCCUGAUGAUCGGAUAAGGCUGUAUCCCCAUUACAAAAAUGGUGAAAUGCUUCUUUUUGAAUAUGCAACCCUAAUCGAGAUGAAUCGAACUGAACUAGAACAAAAUGCAGCAGUAUUGUUACAAGACCUGGCACCAAGGCCUGAGGGCAUCACACUAGAGCAAAAAUUAGAGAAAAUCAAUACAGUACAAUCUGAGCUCAUUCCAAAGUCCUUAAAGAAGAGGUGCAUAAAGCCAGCACUUAUUUCCAGAGAUGUAAGAACACUACUCUAAAACACAUGAUAUUAUAUUGAUAUGAAGUAUUAAAAUCUAAAAUAAAUUAUAUUUGUGAAGACCUUAUAUUUUCAUUCUCUUACAGGCAACUGAAGUGUAUGGUGACAUAAAUGCAUUAGCUCUUGGGCAUGAGGAACAGGCCCCCUUUUGCGUCACAGUUCUUGACACAAAUCAAUUAGCAGAAAGAGUUAUCACAAAAGCCAUAUUGAUUUACA